AUUACACGCAGGGAUGUUUAAUACUUCGAUCUGAUAUAACUACCUAUACCCAAUUGCAAUUGCAUCGUGUUAUUAGCUUUUCUCACUUCCUUUGGGCCAAGGUCAGCUAUAACCAAUCCAGUCACGGCGAGAAAAAGUUUCAACCAACAAAGUUCGCCGCAACUGCAAUCGACAGAUUGCCCUACAUCCCAAUUGCUUCUACUACAAAGAACCCGAAGCUUCAAUAGAAUUAUAGCACCAUUCAAAAAUGCUUAGCACCAAAAAGAAGACCGUCCGUCGCAAAGACUACCUCGAAGCGCAAAAGUCAGCACAAGCCGAGGGCGCAACUGACUUGCCCAGGAAACGAUAUUAUCGUCAGCGAGCACAUGCAAAUCCUUUUUCUGACUAUGCUCUGGAAUACCCCUUAUCACCAGCUCAUAUGGACUGGGCGUCGCAUUAUCCCGCUUUUGUAGAUCCAGACACUUCAAAAGUCACCCUGUCAGGUACACGAAAACUUGUAAAGGAUGUGGAGGUCGCUGAUAUUGGAUGUGGUUUUGGUGGAUUAUUGAUCGGACUGGCACCAGUACUUCCAGAGACCUUGAUGGUUGGCCUGGAAAUCCGAAAUCAAGUUACAGCAUAUGUCAAAGACCGUGUCGCCGCUCUCCGCAAUCAACAAGCCAGAUUACGCGCAGCUUCCUUCUUAGCCUCAACACCUAAUCCUACAACGGAGGAAACGCCGCUCUUUGAAAACGGAAAGGAUCAAAACCAAGAUCUUCCAGAAGAUGCCCCUGCUCUCCCAGACAGCAAACAAACAGCCAAAACCCUGAUCCCGGGCGGAUAUCAAAACAUCUCCGCCAUCCGCGCAAACACCAUGAAAUUCUUGCCUCGCUUCUUUGCCCACCACCAACUCUCAAAGAUCUUCAUCUGUUUCCCAGACCCGCAUUUCAAAACUCGCAAACAUAGACAGAGAAUCAUCUCCUCGAGUUUGAAUGCAGAGUACGCAUUUGUCCUGAAACCCGGUGGAUUGCUUUAUACCAUUACGGAUGUUGAGGAGUAUCAUUAUUGGGUUUUGAGGCACUUCGGUGUCUAUAACCAUGAUCACCACGACAAGGAAACUACCACAAAUACUACCGAGAUGGAGAAUGCCAAGGUCACAGAAGAAGAUGAGGAAGAAGACGAAGAUGAGAAUUCAGGCGUAGCCCGUGUCAGAGAGUUGUUCGAACGUGUAUCAGAUGAAGAAUUGGCGAAGGAUGAAUGUGUCAGAGUCAUGCGCGAAGAGACUGAAGAAGGGAAAAAGGUCGCGAGGAAUAAUGGGCCUAAAUUUGUGGCUGUUUUUAGGCGGUUACCCGAUCCUGAAUGGUCUACGUUAUGAAGUAAGACUUAUGAGGAUGAAGGGCGCCAGAAAUAUUAGCAACUUCGAACAUAUAAAAGUAUUCAUGAAUCUCCAACUUGACCUAACGCACCCCUAUAAAAACAAAACCGACAAUCUAGAGAUAUAGCAACCAAAUUGCUCGCAUAAAUACAUCAAAUGACCUCUCUCCGCGCUAGAUAUGCACAACAAGAACCUUACCUUCAACACAGCAUACCAACUACGGUUUCUGACAAUAAAGCUUCGGCAAAGCUACGCUUUCAACCGUCUAGCUUCACAUACCUCACAUACCGCGAGCUGUACGGGUCCGCCAAUGAUACGUCCCUUAGCAGUACGUUUCGGUUCGCCUUCUUUCACAAAAAACCGUCCUUCAGGCCCGAAGCCACCGCCGCAUGUAUGACAAACAAAG